AUGGCUUACGUUCCAGGCCUGACGUUGCCUGCUUCCAUCUUCUCCAACGCGCCAAUCUCCGUUCUCCUUCCUCUCGGACUGGGCCUUGGUUCAGGAUUAGUGUCGCAGCCUGGGAAAUUCGCGCCAAAGAAACUCUCAGACCCAGCUGCCAAAGAACGAGGGACGUUUAGAAGCACACAAGAGCAAUACUUGGCCUUGAAACAACCGCCCUUCAGACCACCACCUUGGGUGUUCGCGCCAGCAUGGUCCACUCUCUAUCUGUUGAUGGGAUACGCGGCACAUAGAGUCUGGACAAUUGGCAUGGCAAGCAUGAAUCCCCAGACCGUCGAGCAUACGAGAAGAGGCGCAACACUCUACACGAUACAACUAGGGUUGAACCUCGUGUGGAUGCCGUUGUUCUUCGGCUUGGGCAGACCUAUCGAGGCCAUGCUUGAUAUUGUGACAUUGACUGGCGCGGUGGGCUAUAUGGCUUAUGUCUGGAACAAGGUCGAUAAGACAGCUGCGUACCUGAUGGUGCCAUACCUCGCCUGGCUGUCAUUUGCCACCUAUCUGACGGCUGGCACUGGCCAUCUUAAUGGUUGGACCAUCAAAUCACAACCAGAGAGCCAAAUCGAGCCCGAACCCAAGGAGUAG